CCCCUUCUUUGAUUGGCUGGUGGAAAUGGCUGAAGUAAGGGUAAGAAGAAUUCUCCACCCAGCUGUAAUUUAUUUGUCAUGCCUUCUGUCUUUGCUUUCUUUACAGAAAACCAUAAGAUGGCCUCAGCACAUGACAGAGCUGUACUCCAGGCUAUAUUCCACCCCACUACCCCCUUUGGAGACAUCCCUGGUCUGAACCAAGAAGAGGAAUUAACUGAUGAUGACAGUGGCUUUGAGACAGAGUUGCUGAAGCGAGUGAAAGAGUUGGAGAUGCGGGGUGUCUCGGCAGCAGAGGCUGGGGAUUUGCAAGCUGCACUUCAACUGUUUAGCCAGGCAAUCCAGAUCCUGCCUCAGCGAGCCUCAGCCUAUAACAACCGGGCACAGGCCCUGCGGCUGCAGGGGAACACAGCAGGAGCCAUGGGGGACUUGGACCGAGCCAUCUCGCUGAGCGGCGGCACUGGACGAACUGCCUGCCAAGCGCUGGUGCAAAGAGGCCUUUUACGUAGAUUAGCAUGCCAGGGUGAUGAAGCUAGAGCAGAUUUUGAGAAAGCAGCUGCUCUUGGAAGUGAAUUUGCUCGACAACAGGCUGUGGCUCUCAAUCCGUAUGCAGCCCUGUGCAACAAAAUGCUAUCGGAGGUGAUCAACAAACUACGAAACCCUGAAGUGUCUGAGAUGCUGUAGUUAAUGGGGUCUACUUGUUACUUACCUAACUCUAAGCCUUACUACACCCUUUCUGUUAUGUAAAGUCUGUGGUUGAUAAAAACAUGUUUAGCUUUUAAGGUCCUUUUUAUUCCUAUGACUAUGAUGCUGUCAAAUAAAUGAGGCCAAGUGCAA